CGACAGUCGACAGUUGGCUCACGUGUUUUUUUACAGGUUACCGGCUUUUAAGCUUUAGGCUGAGUUGUCUGUCUGAAAUUAUUACUACUUUUGUGUUAAUGUUACCGACUUUUAAGCUUUAGGCUAAGUUGUCUGAAAUUCUUACUACUUUUGUGUUAAUAUUUUAUCUGAUCAUCCAUCAUGCCUAUAAACUCAUUGGGAGAUAUGGUGGAGUAUACUUCUAAUGAGGAUAUACAAUAUCUCAUGGAAGAGGAAGGCACUGACUACUCAGUUGAAUUUGUUGGAUACUUAGAAGAAGUCCUUGGGUACUCUAAGUCAGCCGAUGGUAAACCUCUCUUCAAAGCCACGAUCACCAAUGGUUUUAAAAGAAUUUGUCUAUUAAUUUGGGACACGGAUACUGUGCAACAUUUAGUUAAAAAUUUCAUAGCAGGAGCAAUUGUACAUCUUGAUGGUUGUCAGGGUCGUAUUGUCCAGCCACGAAAAAUUCAUGACACUCAGAAGCUGUUGAACUAUGAAAUAACAAUUCACCCAACUUCCAAAGUACUUUUUAAGGGUUUCCAUGUGCGAGUAGCAGUGCAGAAUACGCCAAAUGUAUCUGCUAUAGAACUUGCAGAUGUUGCUAAAGCUACAGGAGAAAUAAAGGUAAAGGCUUACCUUAAGACUGUAGUUGCAAGAGCUUACAAUAAAGAUGGUGAGAUGCACUUUGGACAAGGAUCUCUGACGGACAAAGUACACAAGCUAAAUGUCAACAAUUUUAAGCCAGAGGAUGUUCCCAAAACCAUGGUGAAAGGAGUUUGUGUUUUGGUAAAAGGUGUUGUGAGCCGUGAAGGAAAACUUCGUAUAAUUUGCAGAAGCAUGGCUGACAUACAAGUACUUCCAGAAGAAUCAACGAUAACUGAAAAAGAGGUUACAUCUGCCAAUAAACCAUUAAAACGAUGGAACCCAGAGCAUAGUCGUGAAGAUAACGUAAAGAAGGCUAAAAAAAUUCAAGAUGAACCCAAGGUCACUGAAAAUGAUCAGAAUUCUAGUUCACCUAUGAAUAUCUCGGAGUAAUUUUUUGUACACUGUCUUUUCUAAAAAUUAUUUAUUAUUUUAAUCCUUACGACUCAAUUCAAAUUAAAACUGUAAUUAUUGACAUAUUCGUUUGUGAUACACGAAACUUUUGUGAUAUAGUGGGUUGUGAUGUUCGUAUCACUUAUAAAUAAAAAUAAUUCGAACUCUCGUAAUUUAGCUAAUGAGUAAGAAUUUGUUUCCGAUGAUUUUACUCUAAAAGCUAAGUGAAACAAAUACAAUAAUUAAGUAAAUCAAAUAUAUAUAAGUAAUUAUAAAAUAUCGAGGAA